GUUCGCGAAUAAAUAAAAUGAAAAAAGAUCUACUCAAAUUUAUAGCUAUGAUGACAGGCUGACAGUGAAGCAAACAGUAAUAAUUUCUGCUCCGUCGUAUCACAAGAACUCCACCCAAUUCGAAACCCGAAAAGCCACCCAAAAAUGGAAAGUCUAUUUCGAUCAGUGACAGGCGCAAACCCUAACCCAUCCGAUUACGAAGAAAUCGAAUUCUGGUCAAACCCUGAACGAACCGGUUGGCUCACAAAACAAGGCGAAUACAUCAAAACCUGGCGCCGUAGAUGGUUCAUUCUUAAACAAGGUAAAUUACUCUGGUUCAAAGACCCUUCGUCUGUCACACGCGCUGCUGUACCGCGUGGAGUUGUCUCUGUUGCUGAAUGUCUAACUGUUAAAGGUGCUGAAGAUGUGAUUAAUAAGCCUUUUGCUUUUGAGUUGUCUACUAGUCGUGAUACUAUGUAUUUUAUUGCUGAUUCUGAGAAGGAGAAAGAGGAAUGGAUUAAUUCUAUUGGGAGAUCUAUUGUUCAACAUUCGAGGUCUGUUACUGAUAAUGAGGUUGUUGAUUAUGAUAGCAGGCCGUAGUACCUUUAUAUAUGUGAGUUGCACGUCUUAUAAUUGUGAGAUGUUUCUCUUUUUUCAUGUUGUAUUGUGCAGACUAUUUAGUGACUGGUUCAUAUGAAGCUUUCGUUUGGUUGUAUGAGUUUAUGUUUAAUGAAAAAGUUCUAUUUUCAUA